CCUCACACAUAAUCUACACAGAUAAUGAAUUGAAAAACAAAACAAGCACGACCUUUUAACACUUAGUUUUAAUGGACUCAAGCUUUACUCAUGGCACUUCCUCAUGUGUUGUCUUCUGGCUUGUGUUGUAUUAACUCUAAAAUGUACAGACAAACAAGAAGAAACAAAUGUCUACAAUCAUGUUUAAAUGACCACUUUCUUCUUAUGAGACAAUAUUAACAUCCAGAUGGUCAAGUGCACAUUAAAAACUGUACUGAUGAGUGUAGUUUGCUGUGGUCCGAUAAGACUGCAACUGUUGAAUUCAUGCCAUAAAAAUAAAGACUGUUAUCAGGUAAUUGUAAGCUUUUUUUAUGAGGUUGUUUACACUGAAAAUGUGACAAAAAACAAGGAGGAGAGGAAACCUUCAGGGCUUCACCUUUGUUCACUAUUGGUUGUGUAUUUGCUCCACCUGUAGGUGUUACCCAUCUCCUCUGUGGCUGGGUAAUAAGUAGCUUAUUGGCUCUGCAGCCCUCUGCAGGGAGAAGUAGGCUGAUCCACAGUAAACACUCUCUCACGUACUUAUGAGCAAAGAGCAGCUGCUAUCAGCCAGCACACGGAUCAGGACUUCCUCUGCCUGUGACACUGUGGUGAACUAUGAGAGUUUCAGUCUGAGGCUCUCUUACUUUAUGUUUUUAGUCUAAUUUUAAGGUUACCCAGGCCCUUACCACCAACCGCCCUACCCGAUGGCUCACCCCGGAGGCCACUCCGUAGCCCCUUACCCCGUCCCUGCUGGGGGGUACGGGGACCCAAAUCAAGCCGCCCCUCCACCAGGCUUCAACAUGAACUACCAUCCAGGCCAUCCAGAAGCACCCGUCAUGUAUCAGCCGGGCCCCGUCGACCAAGGCCCCGGACCGGAGUACGGCGGUCCUCCAGGGGGGAUCUCCCCGGCCCCGGCUGGGGCUCCAGCUGUUCCUGUCGGGGUCCCACCUGGACUGGAGUACCUCACACAGAUUGACCAGAUCCUGAUCCACCAAAAAGUGGAACUGCUAGAAGCCUUCAUCGGGUUUGAGACCAACAACCAGUACGAGAUAAAGAACAGUCUGGGCCAGAAGAUCUACAAGGCUAAAGAGAAGAACGACUGCUGCACCAGGAACUGCUGCGGCUCGCUGCGCAGCUUCGACAUGAAGAUCAAGGACAACAUGGACAGGGAGGUCAUCCGCCUCAUCCGGCCGUUCCGCUGCGUCUCCUGCUGGUGUCCCUGCUGCCUGCAAGAGAUGGAGGUCCAGGCACCGCCAGGCACCACCAUAGGCUACGUUAAACAGGACUGGCAUCCUUUUGUGCCAAAGUUUUCCAUCCAGGAUGCCAACAAGGACACCCUGAUGAAACUGGAGGGGCCCUGCUUUGCCUGCAACUGCUGUGGGGACGUUAACUUUGAGCUGAAAGGCAAAGAUGGUAAAAAGCAGAUUGGUCGCAUCAGUAAGCAGUGGAGCGGCCUUUUGAAGGAAGUCUUCACGGACACAGACAACUUUGGCAUCCAGUUCCCGCUGGACAUGGACGUGAAGAUGAAAGCUGUGCUCAUGGGAGCCUGCUUCCUCAUUGAUUUCAUGUUCUUCGAGAAGGUCGGGGAGGCCAACCAGCGCAGCACUGUGUUUUCAUAACGGAGAGGAAAACAACAGCACGAGAGCGUGCCAGUUAUGCAGUCUCUGUUCAUGUAUGCCGUUUUUCCAAUAGUUCUUCCUUCCUUCACAAGAUUCCAGCCAACAUGGUGCUAAGGAUCAUUUUAUACUCACAGGCCAAAAAAGAACUCUUGAUUCCAGUUGCCUGCCAAGAAUUGUUUUUGAAAUCUACUCAAAACUCAGUGACUGACUGCUACUUUUACACUCCAUACAGUCUGUAGACGUUUUAUCUAUUUAAGUCAGUCAUCGUACCUCCAGCUGAGAUUCAAUGCGCCAAAGAAAGUCAACCAAACCCCCUCAAAGUCUUUCCUCAGUGCCCACAAACAGAAAUACCAGUGAUUUGAAUGUGUUACAGGCUACAUUUCAUAUUUAUGCAGUAUGCAUGUCUAUUAUUAUCCCAAUUCUUAUAUUUUAUGAAGGAAUUUCAAUAGAUCUUGUGUAAGUGCUAUACUGUUGCGGACGUAGAAGUUGUAGUAGCUAACUAGCAGAAACUGCGUGUUUUGUGCUUAUUAGCAAAUGUUAGCAUGCAAUAAAGCCAGACCAAGUGGUUACUAUUAUACCUGCUGAACAUCUGCAUGUUGGUGCUGUCAUUGUGAGUGCGUUGACACGUUGGCAUUCAGUUUAAAGCAAUGCUGCACCUUCACACAGAAUUUCAGUGCUAGCACAGCUGUAGAGUUCUGAAGGAAUACUUUGCCCAUAAAAUGAUCAUUUGUAUAUUAAUAACUCACCCUGUGUUGCCUUAAAUUCUAUAAGAAAGGAUUGUUGUUCUUGUAUGCCUCCAUGGGGAAUGGAGAAUGAAGAAAACAGAAAGUUGGUGAUGAAUUAAACAGCAGAAUGCUCACUAUUUAACAGACAUUUUCGCUUAAACCAUACAUUUUUUCUGCAGUUCUGCAAAAAAGUGUGGUUUGUGCACUAGUAAACAACAAGUGUGAAAACGAAACUUUAUACUACACAAGUUGUGAAAGCAUGGAAACUAACCACAUUUACUGCAAUACAUCAACAACUUUCUGUUUCCUUUUUAUAUUCUGUUUCAUUAGAUUUCAAGGUAACAUGGUGAGUAAUUGAUAUACAAAGGACCAUUUUGCCAGUCUAGUAUUCCUCUAAUUUUAACAUUGGAACCAGUAAACAGGCUGUCAUUGUUUAGCUUAUAUAGGAGAGUGGUGUUGUCAAAGUCUUGUGGUAUACAGACAAGAGUUGACACAUACUGACAGUAUUUACCAAAGUGCUCUUGCUCUACCUCUCAGCUGCCUUUCUCUUCCUCAGAGCCUUCUGUCUUAAACCUUUAAAGUGUAGAUAAUCCAACAACACUGUAGUGCAGGCUGUGGUGUGAACGCUUUCUCUGUGGUUGUCCUGGAGACUGACACCACUCGCCAAGCCUCGCCCUGCAGCUUUGUGCAGAUACGGCUGCCUUGAACAUGUGCCAGUAAAAUGAUAUAGGACACAUAAUGUAGGUUGAAAGCAGGAAUGACCUACAUGUAGAAUAGUAAGAAAAUAAAAAGCAGAAGUUGAGUUUGUGAGUGUUAAUCUGACUUCACAGUGGGUGGAAACCUUCCUGAAACUUUCUGUAGUCUCGUGCAGCAAAGAGACCUGAAUGUGAAUUUGUUGUCAUUUUAAUCAUUAUGCUUUAGAAAAAAAUGGCAGGUUAAUGUUUGCAGAUUGCUAUUGUAACUCAGCUUUGUAUUUAAUAAUCCUUGUCAUGGUUCUGUGACGUUAACAUGGGUGUGCCUCCUGUGAGGCUUGGUUGCCAUUAGUGCUCUCUCAUGCAGACCACAGCCCUCCAUUACACUGUUUAACCUCAUGUGUCUCAUAUACUGUGUUGCUACCACCAGCCUUUGUGCAAGGAAAGAGAAAAUAGCCAAAGGAUGUACAGGACAUUUAUUGUUUGUUCUUUGUGUCAGUUUGUUGUUCACCUGCAGCACUUGUUUAUUUUAGUCAGUUUAAGGAUCUAUCAAAACUAUUUUGUACCAAUUUUGUGUCUUGAUUGUGAAUUAGUUUUUUUACAGAAACAAAAUACUCCGUACUAAAGAAAUUAAAUAAAUUCUAUGUAA